AUGAGUAUGUUAUUUGAUCAAAUAAAAUUGUUACACAGCCAAAAAUUACACUCCAAUGUCAUAAAAGUGGCAGAAAUGGUUUUAAAAGUUAGUGAACACACAACUGAUAUCUUAACAGCGCCACACAAAUUCCGUGUAAUAGCAUAUCAGGGCGAUUCACAUUACUCUUUAGGCAAUUAUCGUCAAGCAGAAGCUGCAUAUAUAACAGCAUUGACAUUUAAAGAAGCCUGGCUUUCGGCAAACCCUCCACAAACUCCAUAUGAUGGCGCAAAAGAUCCUAUGCCUGUUUUAGAUAUUAAAUAUCAACUGCAUUUAUGUUUGGUAAAAUUAAAAGAUAAUAAACAGGCAUUAACUGUCUUACAAUCGAUACCGUCCAAACAGAGAAAAACUAAAAUUAACAUGGCUAUAGCAAAACUUAAUCAUCAAAUGGGCAAUAUUGUUCAAGCUGUUACUGCUUAUAACAAAGUUUUAAAAGAAUGUCCAUUGGCAAUUGAAGCAGCUGAAGGACUUUUGAGCUUAGGUGUUAAAGGAACAGAAGUGAAUGCUAUGAUGUUAGAAAUGGUUGGAAUUAAUGGACUUGAAUGGAUUAGCGGUUGGAUAAAAGCCCAUGCUUAUCUGUUUCAACAGACUGAGUAUCCUGCAGCAAUCACUACAUUAAAACAGUUGGAUGAUAACUCACCUUUAUGCAACAGUAAUAGAUUAUUAGUAGCUAUAGGAAGGGCAUAUUAUUUUUAUGGAGAUCGCAAAAAUGCACUUAUUUACUUACAAAGAGCUUACAGGUUAAAUCCACUUAUGCAAGAUGGCCUUUGUACACUAGCAAUGUGUUUAUACAUGGAAAAACACAAUAGAGAGUUAGAAAAAUUGCUUCCAACAAGUUAUACAGAUGAAUCAUCGAUUGAUUCCCAUAUGUGGAUAGUUCUUGCUUUUGUGUGUUAUAGUAAUAGUAAUUAUUCUAAAGCUCUGUGCUUAGCACAAAAGGCUUGUUCUGUUGAUCCAAAAAAUAUUGAAGCACUUUUGUUACACGGAAUGAUAUUAACAAGUAUGAAAAAGUAUUCUGAUGCUAUUUUACAAUUCCGYAAAGCUAAUGAUAUUGCUCCUUAUCUUUUCGAUCCGCAUAAAGGUAUGGUAGAUUGUUAUAUAGCAUUGCAUAAAAUGAGAAAUGCUGUAACUGCUGCUAGUAAUUGUUGUAAACAAAUGAACAACCACCCAAAAGCACUAACAUUAUAUGCAUCAAUACUCAUGAAAGAUCCAAUGACAGUUGGCAAAGCAAAAAUACUUUUGGAAAGAGCAUUGAAUGUUGAUGAAUACUAUCUCCCAGCAAUAUAUAUGAUUGCUCAGAUAUUUGAACAAGAAGGAAAUUUCAGUCCAGCUGUUGCUGUAUUGCAUAAGCAAGCAUUAGAUCAACCGACUUGUAGAUUAUAUCAAAUGCUAGGUGACUUAAGUGUCAAACAAAAUCAAUUAGAAAAAGCAUUUGACUUCUAUUAUUCUGCACUCAAUCUCGAUCCUAAUAAUAAACGAGUUAUGGAGAGUUUAGAGAGUUUAGGAAAACCGUGUAAUACUUCAACAGCUACAUCUGCAGAUUCGACUGGACCCGUUUUAAAUGGGUCACUCCUAGAUGCGACAUUUAGUGGUGUUAAUAAUGCUGAAAAUGAAUCAACGCCAUUCAAUAAUGCUGUACACGAAGAAGAUACAUUUAUGGAUUCAGAUCAUGAAGGGUCUGGAUCGGACGCAUCCAUCUAAUUGUUUAUGGCAAUUUAAGUUAUGCAA